AUGGAGCCAGGGAGCAGCUUGGCAGCAUCAGCUCCUGGACCAAACGCUGAUGGAGGGAACCUGAGUGGAGCCUCACGGGCAGGCUCGGUCAGCAAGGACCGCUCAGAGAUCCCCAAGCUGAGGAGUACCUCAAGGGUGCUUGACCAUAUCAAACCUGUUUCUUCCUCCCUGGAGCAUAGUUUUGUUUCCGAAGAGGUUUUCCGAAGCCUGACCUGUACCACCAGUUCUCUCUACAGCCCGGAGCACUCACAGUCCCUGCAAACCACCAAAACCCCAAUGGGCUUCCGGAGCUGCCUGCAAAUCCGAGAUCGGCUUUGGCAUUAUCCUAAUCGUCGGAGCAGGUUCAGACACUUGGCAGACCACUCUGUCAGUUUGACGGGUGCUGGAAGGGAUGUCUCUUACCUCUGUGACAUUGCAGCUGGCCAAGAAGCUGGGAAAGCAAUGGCUGUGCCUGGCAGAAGCUCUUUUGCUGAGAGUGGUCAGGACCAGAGAGGGAGCCGUGGUACAGUCCCACAUCCUCCUCGAGCAACCCUGGCAGAUAGUCUGGUUUCCAAGGAAUUUCACAUUGUGAAGAACGGGGGAGUUUUGCCAUUGAAGUGCUUCGAUGAGUGAGGAUGCACAACAUUGCUCGAAGACCAUGAAAAGAAACUGCGGCUGUUCCCAUCUAUGAAACCUCCUGGGAGGUUAGAGGUCAUCCAGCUGAUGGAGGUGAUGGACAGCAUGCUGGAAAAAGCUGGAGUAGACAAGAUGAUCAGAGUAACAGGACCUUCACAGUUGCACAACACGCUGGAGCUGAUAAAGGCAGAGCAGAACACCUGCAACAUGGUUUUCCAGGAGCUGAUUCGGCAGGUCAGCGUGGACUGCUUGGAGAGAGGACAGCAGCUCUCGAAGCUCAGAUGGGACCUGCAGGACACAGAAGACCUGGCUGUUCUGGAGGAAGUGACUGAGCAGUUCAGGGAGAGGUUGGGUCGCAUUGGAGCAGAAAUGGAGCAUUCUGAGGAGUUCAGCCAGCAAAUUGUCCACAGCAGCCUCAACAAGCAGCUCCAGUGCUUCCACUGCAGCAACUCCUCCUCUCCAACGAAUGAAAAGCUACUGGAUGAAAUUCUACAAGAUAUCAAGAAUUUGAUAAAUAUGCUAAAAGGAGACCUGCAGCAGCACGGAGGGGAGGUGCACCUAAGAAAGACGGAAAAUCUGAGGAACAUUGCCAGACCGCAGGAGCACUGGACGGAGCUGGGACAAAUGAUACUGAAUCGACCCCGGGACUUUGCUGGAGCAUUGCCCCCACAGCAUGCUGUCCUGGAAGAAAUAAACCGGGCGGCUGAACUCUGCCAGCAAUACAGCAUAAGGAUAAGUGGGAAUAAUGGCACAGUAAGUUUUUUGGCAUCCCUGGUGAGAAGUAUGGAAAAUUGGUUAAUGAAGGUGCAAAAGCCGAAGCACGGUUCUGGCACGCACAAAGCUGAGCUGCAGGCAUUUUCUGACAAGAUUUCCGCAUGGCUGGCCCAGGUGGAUGCAGCGAUGAGUUGUAUAGGCUCCAGCCAGCUGCAUGAAGCCAAGCAUGAUAAGAAACCACAUUUCCCUCAUUCCCUGGCCAGUCAGCCAUCCAGAGGGGAGCCUGGAGGUUCACUUAUAGAAGGUUUUGCUCUUCCCAACCAGAGGGAGAUGACUGCCACCAAGCCCUCAACUCCCUUUUCACAGAAAGAGUUUGAAGCUUUGGCAAUGCUGGAACAUCUGCAAGAGCAGCUCCUAGAAACAGAGAUCCGUGCUCAGAAUGCAGAGGAGAGAUCUGAAGGUCUUGCAGAGAAGCUGGAAGAAGCUCUGAAGAGAAUCAAGGACCUAGAGAGUGAGCUGGAGAAAGAGGGGAAUGUCAGCCCAGAAGCAACACACGAAGAAGGACAAGAUAAAUGUUUCCAAGAAAGUGUCUCAGAAGUCAAGACCUGCUCAAGUCAUCAAGUUUCUACCUCUGGGCAGUCCAAGAAAUCAAAAAAAAGCAAACAUUAA